CUGCAGUAUGCUACAUACCACUUAAUUUUCUUUUAUAUAGCUCUCACUCAAACAACCUAAGAAAACGAUACCGAAGAUGACUCAUAAGGGAAUAUCUCAUUUGCGCAACCCAGAUGAUGUACAGGCGUGGCUCAUCGGCAGUGGCAUUGCGUCUCUUGCGGCAGCAGUCCAUCUGAUCAAGGAUGCCGAUGUCCCUGCCAAGAACAUCCACAUCCUUGAUAUACACCUGAGCUCGGGCGGGGGCAUGCAGAAUGCCGGUGAUGCAGAGAAUGGCUACGUCCUCCGCACCGGCUGCCUUCCGUAUUUCCACGGUGCAUGCGUGGAAGACCUUCUAUCCCGGGUUCCAAAUGUCGCGAGGCCAGGAUAUACCUUACUGGACUCUAUCCAAGAAUUAGAGCGCUAUGGCGAGCCAAACCAGGGGAAAGUGUCCACUCGUCUGCUGAAACACUCCGAGUCCGGACCUCAGCGGGUUGAAGAAGAGCGAUUCCAUCUAGGACCGGAACAGCGACUCAGCCUCAUCGAAUUCAUGAUGGAGAGUGAUGGGACGCUCACUGGAAAGAGCAUCGAAGAUGUUUUUGCCAUGUCCUUUUUCAGUUCGAACUUUUGGAAACUGUGGUCAACCACGUUCGUCUUGAAGCCAGAGCACAGCGCGGUCGAGUUCCGGAGACAUCUCGCCAAAUACCUGGAGGAGAUUCAAGACCUCAAUAACGUCGAUGCGCUGGAUCGAAUGCACUACACCCUCUAUGAAUCGGUCAUUGCGCCGAUCACGACCUUUCUGGAGAAGGAAGGGGUGGACUUCCGAUUCAAUGCCAGUGUUACCGAUAUCAAGAUGUAUCCAGAGGGUGGUCCAACGACCGUCUCUGAAAUUGAACUGUUGGAGGAUGGCGAGCCCUCCCUGAUCACCGUCGACCCGGUCGACAUUGUCAUUGCGACUCUGGGGUCGAUGAGUGCUGGGUCUGUGGUUGGGUCCAAUGAAUCCCCCCCACCCCGUGCACCCUCUGACCCUAACGAGAUCUUGACGGGUGACUGGGAGUUGUGGACCAAAUUGUCCGGCAAAUCCAUCCGAUUUGGGGACCCGUCGACUUUCUGUUCUCACAUUGAUGAGUCCAAGAUUGAAUCUUUCACCGUCACUCUUCGUGACACUCAAUUCUUCGAGGUGUACGAGAAGGUUACUCAAAAUCAAGCCGGAGUUGGAGCGUUGGUGUCUUUCAUCGACAGCAAUUGGACUCUAAGCAUCAGUGUUCCUAACCAGCCUCUGUUUACAGAGCAGCCAUUUGGAGUGUAUGUGGUUUGGGGAUACGGCAUGACCCCUGAAAAGGAAGGAAACUAUGUGAAGAAAACAAUGCUGGAGUGCUCUGGUGAGGAAAUUCUGACUGAAUUGCUGCACCAUCUCAAUGCUCCAACGGACCAGAUCCUUGCUGCAUCAACCACCAUCCCACUCGUCUUCCCACUGGGAACAUCGCCAUUGUUGAAGAGAGCUUACCAUGAUCGCCCAGAGGUGGUUCCCCAUCAUGCCACCAACAUAGCACUCGUGGGUCAAUUUUCAGAAAUCCCGGACGACACCACCUUCAGCAUGGAGUAUAGCGUUCGUGGUGCUCAGAUGGCCGUGUAUAACUUGAUGGGAUUGUCGAAUAAGCCAGCCAAGGUUAGGAGGAACAUUCUUUUGGAGGCUUUAAAGGUCUUGAUUUGAUGAUAGUGGCUGGAAGCCUUUUGUUCUAUUAUUCCUGACUAUUAUUUUGGCCGUCUCUGCAACCAUUCUUUAGUUUCCCCUACUUCAUGCCACGAUAUUUGUGUUAUGACACUGUUAUUACUGUCUCGUCCUCGUCGGCAAUCAGUUAAUUUCCAAUAUUUCCAAGGGGGAAGGGUUGGAGGGUUCAUUAACAAAAGUGAUGAACUGAUGAUGUUAACUUUUGUUCGUGUCCGGACCUAGUUCAAUAUUCAGAAUGGCAAAUUGAUUCUAUCUAUGAACCGC